AUGAAGCCUUCUCAUCUUCUCGUCGUCGCGUUAGCGAACUCCGCUGCCGCAGGCGCGAUUCACUCCUUCGCAGCACCAGGAGGGUACAAGUCCACAGGGCAUAAGACCGCACUAGUGUCCAAGACCGCACCCGCGGAGAAAGGCACAUGGACCUACUACUUCAGUUCUACUUCGACCUCGUAUCAGAUCGUCGACACUGUGACUUUUGGCGCUCCUACUAGCUACGUCGACAUCUACCCUACCAUGACCGAGACCGUGACAGCGUCUACUCCAUCAACCUACUACGGCUCGACCGAGACUGUUGUCCAGUCGAUUCCUGUCUUCGGAUUUGUUUCAUACGUUACUCCGACGUUGACUGCCCCUAUUGUUAGCUUUCCAACGCCCUCUGGAUUCACCCCGAUUGCGUCUGAAUUCGCAUACACAGCUACCCUGAAAGUCCUUACAAGUAUUUCCACCGAGACGCUUGAAAUGAGAGUCUACGUAGACUCGCCUAUCACUACCACCGUCACGAAGACUUUUACCAAUGAUGCGACCACGACAACCGAAACUACAUAUACUUCAAGCAUCACUGCACCAAGGCAGUCCAAAGCGACGGUAACGCGAACCACUUACGUCAUUGAAACAGUCACGUCUACUGGGGUAGUUCUACCUACUCAACAUGCAAUAUGUGAGGAGGAGUCUGGCAAUUACGUGGAUCAUCUCCCCAACGGCAUCGACUUCGAUGCGUUCUAUUACGGGUCAGACGGGCAAAACAACGGCGGUCAAGUCUAUGCCCUCGAUCAAUCAGGCGUAUACUUCAACCGAACCGAUUCACUCUCAAGUAGGGUCGAGUGUUGCAACUUUGCAAUGUCGCAGGGCCUAGCCGCCUGGGGCAUAUAUUUUCCGUACAAAGUCCCGGGCAGCAACGGCAUCUGUUACGUCUUCAAUGUUCGCGACAAAGACGCGUGUGAUCCGAGCGCGGUCAAGUAUACGAUCGCUUCCAGCAACUAUAUCACUGCUCCGGGCGCUUCUGCUUUCAAUGGAAAGUGUGGGCGUGUCACUCCUGACCACCAUGGAGGGGGAUAUCACCUGAACGGCGGCGAGUAUACGCCCGAAGACUCGCCGUGA